AUGUCCAUGGAGGAGGCCGAGGUGACGACUGCAUCGGUGUCAGGCAAGAGCGGUGCCGUGAAGCUCCAGAAGACGAAGAUAAUAUCAAGACAGAAGUUGCGAAAGUAUUCCUGGCUUCCCGACGUCCUGCGUCUCAAAGGAAGCAUUGUCCCCCGCGUCAUCGGGCCUGUCCUCACUGUCACCAUCUUCGCAAGUAUUGCUGCGUACCUCUGGGACCAGGGUACGGACGUUGCGCUCACCAAUCAGGUCGUGCCUCUGCUAUCGGUCGUGGUCGGCUUGAUCUUGGUAUUCAGGAAUGGAACAUCGUACGAUCGGUAUUAUGAGGGACGCAAAGACUUCGGGACGAUGUCCGCUCAUAUUCGUAGUCUCUCCCGUCUGAUUUGGGUCAACGUCGCAGUCCCACCCGCCGACGACGGAGCACGUGUGAAGGGCGUUGGUCCGAACCUGACGGCAACGCAGCUCCGCCGGCGCAAGGUCGACGCCCUGAAACUAUGCGCGGCGUUCGCCUACUCCGUCAAACACUACCUCAGAGGCGAGGACGGGCUGGACUGGGAAGACUACGUCGGUGUCCUCCCAGCGAGCACGGUGCAGCUCGUGAGGUUCGGCGUGCCUACACGCAGGACAAGCACAGCGAUGAGCUACGCAGCGACGGCGCGGACCAGCCCAGGCGGGUUCCUCACGCCCGACGAAGCGAGCAGCCCGUCCCAUUUCGGCGACACGGAGGGGCGGAGCCCAAGCGCAGACGCGACGAAGCGGAUCCGCGUGAAGCGGAGCAAGGACAAGCUGAAGCAGGCGAGCACGAAGACGGCGCGCACGCCGCUGCUCAGCGAGCGCGCGCUGCACCAGACGAUCGACUUCCAUCCCCACCCCGAGACGCUGAGCACGCCGCUGCCGCUCGUGAUCGCGCAUGAGCUGUCGAGGCUGCUGUUCUUGUUCAAGCGCGAUGGGUAUCUGGAGACGGUCGGCCCAGCGGGGACGAACGCCAUGAGCGGCCACGUGCAGGGCAUGGUUGAGAUGAUGACCGGGAUGGAACGCAUCGCGAAUACACCCAUCCCCCGCUCGUACAGUAUCCACCUCAAACAAUGCGUGACGCUCUACCUCUUCGUGCUCCCAUUUACGCUCAUCAAGGAUCUCGGCUGGGGCAUGGUGCCCAUCGUGACCGUCGUUGCGUUUACGCUGAUGGGCAUCGAGGGAAUUGCGGAUGAGAUUGAGAUGCCUUUUGGCUUGGACAAAUCUGACCUCCCACUUGAGCGGUAUUGCGACGAUCUAAAGGAAGAAAUUGAAUACAUCGUCGAGAGAAUGCCCGAAGGAGGCGAAGGAAUGUACGGCACGGACGACGGUGAAGGAGACGAUUGA